AUGGCCAAAUCUGCCCGGGCCUCCGUGGUCAAGAAGAACCACCGCAAUCUUCGCGCCAAGGUGUAUGGUCCUGCGUCAGAUGCUCGUACUGCUAGAUUGUCUGCAAAACUCCAAGAGUUGGCAGCAAAACCCAAACCAGAGUCUGAAAAGGCCAUGGACGUGGAUGAUAACGCCGAACAGACUACGGGAGACGAGUCUCGCAACGCCCAGUCUGAGGUAAUGGACGUCGAUGGGCAAGGAGCUGUCACCAAGACGGCAAAGUCGUCCACGUCUCGGAGUCAAGCCAAUCGCAAGACCCACAAAGUCUCCAAGAGGAAAUCCAAGAACUCUGUCGUUUUCGCCUCGGAAAUCGCGAGGAAGAACAAGAUGGCCAGGAAGAAGACCAAACGAUGA